AACACCGAGCGCAAGUUCUCGCCGGCCAGCUGUCUGUUUGCAAGAUCUCAAAACAGCAGCUCAUGCUGUAUGGCGAGUUUAUUCCUUGUUUGCUCGCCUUGCCAUCACAGGCAAACAGCCUCCAUCUGACUGCUGCCUCUGCUGUGAUUUUCCUCUUAGCUGGUUUUGACAGCCUCUUGGAUUCAAGUGCAAAAAUCUGGAUACUGCAGUGAGUUGAGGAUAUAAAGGGAAUGCACAGAGCAGAACAGAGGCGUGCUCUCUCCUGGAUCGGUACUCUCUGACAGAGGCCAAACUCUGAGGUGGAGGAGGCUGUAAAGAGGCCCUGAAGGAGCCUCCCACCCUCCCUACCUGACCAGCCAAACCCAUCAGACAGCCAUGGCCCCUCGCAAGCGCGGUGGCAGCGGCCGUGGUGGCCUCUCCUUCAUCUUCUGCUGUUUUAACAGCAGCGAUCACCCGGAGAUCACCUACAGGCUGCGGGAGGACUUCGCACUGCAGGCCAUGGAGCCGGCACUGCCGAUGCCAGGAUACGAUGAGCUGGAUGGCAUGUUCUCCGAGCUGGUGGACGAGCUUGACCUCACAGAGAAACACAGGGAAGCUAUGUUCGCCCUGCCUGCAGAGAAGAAAUGGCAAAUCUACUGCAGCAAAAAAAAGGAACAAGAAGAAAACAAAAGUGCGACUAGUUGGCCGGAGUACUACAUUGAUCAGCUCAAUUCAAUGGCAGCUAGAAAGACUCUUCUUGCUCUGGAGAAGGAAGACGAGGAGGAGAGGAACAAAACCAUAGAGAGCUUGAAGACGGCUCUGAGGACGCAGCCUAUGAGGUUUGUGACUCGCUUCAUCGACCUGGACGGCCUCACAUGCAUCCUGAACUUCCUGAAGAGCAUGGACUACGAGACCACAGAGUCACAGAUCCACACGUCGCUGAUCGGCUGCAUCAAGGCUCUGAUGAACAACUCGCAGGGCCGCGCACAUGUCCUCUCUCACUCUGAGAGCAUCAACAUCAUUGCCCAGAGCUUGGCCACAGAAAACAUCAAGACAAAAGUGGCGGUGCUGGAGAUCAUGGGAGCCGUCUGUCUGGUGCCUGGAGGGCACAAAAAAAUCCUGCAGUCCAUGCUUCACUACCAACGUUUUGCCUGUGAGAGAACUCGCUUUCAGACACUUAUAAAUGAUCUGGACAGGAGUACGGGGCGAUACAGAGACGAGGUCAACCUGAAAACAGCCAUCAUGUCCUUUAUAAACGCAGUGCUGAGUCAAGGAGCUGGAGAGACAAGUUUGGAAUUCCGUAUCCACCUCCGAUAUGAGUUUCUUAUGCUGGGGAUCCAACCUGUGAUCGAUAAGCUACGUUCUCAUGAAAACUCCACAUUAGACAGGCAUUUAGACUACUUCGAGAUGCUGCGGAACGAGGAUGAGCUGGCUUUGUCAAAACGUUUCGAGUCGGUACACAUAGACACCAAAAGUGCCACCCAAGUUUUUGAUCUCAUCCGUAAGAAGAUGAACCACACUGAUGCAUACCCGCACUUUAUGUCUGUCCUGCAUCACUGUCUCCUCAUGCCACACAAGAGAAGUGGGAACACAGUGCAGUACUGGCUGCUGCUGGACCGCAUCGUCCAGCAGAUGGUCUUGCAGAAUGACAAAGGUCACGACCCCGAUGUCACACCACUGGAGAAUUUUAACGUGAAGAACGUUGUCCGGAUGCUGGUGAAUGAAAAUGAGGUCAAACAGUGGAAAGAGCAGGCAGAGAAAAUGAGAAAAGAGCACCAUGAGCUGCAGCAGAAGUUUGACAAGAAGGAGCGCGAAUGUGACGCCAAGACCCAGGAGAAAGAGGACAUGAUGCAGACGCUCAACAAGAUGAAAGAGAAGCUGGAGAAAGAAAGCACUGAGCACAAGAAUGUCAAACAGCAAGUUGCCGAGCUCACUACCCGACUGCAUGAACUCAGCACUAGACAGGCUGCUGCUGUUGUUCCAGGCGGCCCACCCCUCGCCCCCGGUCCUCCCGGAGGCCCUGUGCCUCCUCCACCCAUGCCAGCAUUCGCAGGUCUGUGCCCACCUCCCCCGCCGCCUCCAGGGGGCAUGAUGCCUCCUCCACCGCCCCCACCCCCUCCUCCAGGUGGUCCCCCGCCUCCUCCUGGACGCCCACCAGUCGGAGGAAUUCCUCCACCGCCAGGAGCACCCCUGGGACCAUCUUUGAAGAAGAAGACCAUUCCCCAGCCAGCCAAUCCACUCAAGUCAUUCAACUGGUCCAAGUUGGCAGAGAAUAAACUGGAGGGCACCGUUUGGAUGGAGGUGGAUGAUGCCAAAGUUUUCAAAAUCCUGGAUCUGGAGGACAUAGAAAAGACCUUCUCAGCCUAUCAGAGGCAGCAGAAAGAGGCAGAGGACGACACACUGAGCUCCAAAAAAGUCAAGGAGCUGUCAGUUAUCGACGGUCGCCGAGCACAGAACUGCAACAUCCUUCUGUCGCGCCUGAAGCUUUCAAAUGAGGAGAUGAAGAGAGCCAUUCUAACCAUGGACGAACAAGAGGACCUUCCCAAAGAUAUGCUGGAGCAGUUGCUGAAGUUUGUUCCAGAAAAGAGCGACGUCGACCUGCUGGAGGAGCACAAACAUGAGCUCGACCGAAUGGCAAAACCCGACCGCUUCCUCUAUGAGAUGAGCAGAAUAAACCACUACCAGCAGAGACUGCAGUCUUUAUACAUCAAAAAGAAGUUUGCAGAGAGGAUAGCGGAGCUCAAACCCAAAGUUGAAGCUCUGACAAAGGCGUCUAAGGAGGUUUUACACAGCAGAAACCUGAAGCAGCUGUUGGAGGUGGUGCUAGCCUUGGGAAACUACAUGAACAAGGGUCAGAGGGGGAAUGCUUACGGCUUCAAAGUGUCUUCACUCAACAAGAUCGCUGACACCAAAUCCAGUAUCGACAAAAACAUCACUCUCCUGCACUACCUGAUCACCAUCCUUGAAAAGAAAUACCCCAAAGUCCUGAUGUUCCAGGGAGACCUGCAGAGUAUCCCAGAGGCAGCCAAAGUCAACAUGACUGAGCUGGAAAAAGAUAUCGGCAACCUGCGAAGUGGACUGAAAAGUGUUGAGAAUGAGCUCGAAUACCAGAAGAAGCGACCGCAAGAGCUGGGCGACAAGUUUGUGUCCGUAGUGAGUCAGUUCAUCACUGUGGCCAGCUUCAGCUUCUCCGAUGUGGAGGACUCUUUGACUGAGGCCAAAGAACUGUUCCUGAGGGCAGUAAAACUCUUCGGCGAGGAUGCCAGCAAGAUGCAGCCAGAUGAGUUCUUUGGCAUCUUUGAUCAGUUCCUGCAGUCGUUCACCGAGGCUCAGCAGGAGAACGAGAACAUGCGGAAACGCAAAGAAGAGGAGGAGCGCAGGGCCAAAAUGGAAACUCAGCUUAAAGAACAGAGGGAGAAAGAGCGAAAGGCUCGGAAAGCAAAGGCAAACGGGGAAGACGACGGCGGCGAGUUUGACGACUUGGUGUCAGCGCUGCGAUCAGGCGAGGUCUUCGACAAGGACUUGUCCAAGAUGAAGCGCAACCGCAAGCGCAUCAACAGUCAGACGACGGACUCCAGCAGAGAGCGACCGGUCACAAAGCUCAACUUCUAGGCGGUGGUUGAGGUCAUCAUCCUUGUUUCUCCAGUUCAGCUGCCCUCGCCCCUCCUGCUCAUUAGUUUUUUCUGGGUCGAACUGACACUCACAUUCCUCAGCACCCUCCUCCAUUCCCAGCCAGCACGGCUUGAUAAACCAUGGCUUCGCACCAUCGCCAUGGAGCCACACACACACACAGCACAACAUGUUAAGACUUUCCAUCCUCUGAGUUUUUGAUGUUAAACGGAGCAGAAGCCAAAAUAUGUUCAGAGCCAAAUCUGAUAAUUCCUGCUGGAGAAACAGUUUGGUCAAAAUUAAUGUUUUAAAGACGUCGUCGUGCAGGAGGAGGAGGAGGAGGAUGUUUUUCCCGCUGAAAGGAGUUCCCUUACAGGUGUAAGAGAUGCUCAGUUUGAUAGGAUCCCUUCUGUGCAUUUUUUUGUAUGUCAGAAUCUAUGCACAGAGUGAAAUGUGCAGCCAGUAGACUUCUUCCGGGCUUGAUGCUCGAUCUAAACAGAUGAUUCCAUUAAAAAAACAAGGGGCCAUUUUGUACGGAUUGAUUUCAUAGAUUGAGAGGGGCUGCUUUCACAUGCCUGAAUUGUCCAAGUGAUCAUUUUUGAGAGAAAGACUGAAUCUGAACUUCAUCUUUAUACUGCUGUUCGCUCGCAGUCAGAACUAUCCCAGGACUGAGAGACUGCAUUACCAGAUAAAAGUGGUUUUAACUGUGAGCGACACAGCUGAGAAAGCAUUUUGUUUUUUCUAUUCAACAUUAUUGACAUGCAGCAUUUAUAUAUCUGAUCACUGUAUGUUUUAUUUUCCUGUUAAGAGCUGGCCUUAACUCUGUUGAUUUUAAUUGUUGAGUGGGUACUCUCCAGGCCUGGGCCUAAUCUGCAAUUUCUCAACAAGUGUGGACACUCGUGUCAUAGAUUACAUAUAUCUAUAUAUAAGGUUGCGUGCUUGUUACACAUGCACAUAUAAAGUCAUAAUUACUAUGCUAAAUGCCAUUAAAACCCCAAUACCCAAUCAAUGCAAUACACUUGUUCCCUCUCUGAUGGGAGUGCCCUGUUUUAAGUUUUUACUGAAUAGAUUACAUGUUUCCUGCACACUGGCUGGAUUUACACUGCAAAACACAAAACAAAAACUCUGAUUUUAACUCUUUUUGAUCCACAUGUGAUAUUUUCAUUCUUGUAGAAAACAUCAGAUGUGGAUGAGACACCUUUGAUUUUAAUUUUUCCCCUCAACUGUGUAAAUCCAUCCAGUGUCUGAUACUGUACCUCCAUUGGACUUUUAUAAUUUAAAUAUUGCCUUCCAUUGUAUGAUGACCUGAGGAAAAUAAAUGGGAGAAAACGU